GCUCGUCGCUCAUCAUUACCUCUUCGGUGCCCAAUGACGGAUUCUCUUGUCGAUUCCACUGCUCUACUCUCUAUAUGUAACGACAAAACUAAUGUCAGCGAUCAAAGACAUGAAGAUCACAUGCUUUUGGGUGACACAUUCGAUGCUCAAUUACCACCCACCCUGAACUUGCCCAGCUUGCAGCCUCCGACUAUUAUUAUUCACCCCAUACACAACUCCAGUUCCUUGGUCGAUACGUGUGAUAUUUGGUCUGCUAAUUUACCCGCUGCUGCCAGUCCUCUUCUCAAGGGUUCCCUCGAAUCUUUGCGAUGCGUAACCAGUGGAGAUGCAAAAGUUGUGUAUGACUCACGCUUCACCAUCGUGAAUUACGGCCACAUGUAGUGUCUGCAACUUCGGACAUCACGUUCUGUAUAGUUCAUUG